AUGGUGACGAUAUGGAACGGUCAAGAGUGUACCAAGUGUGGUAACAAAUGUCGAAGGGCUCAAGAGUGUAAUUGCUGUCCUUGGUGUUGUUAUGAGUGCAAUAAGGCAGGUGUGGAAAAUUGCGAUGUAUGUUGGUAUCAUAUCUGGAAGCGCAAAGGAGGCUCGAUGCGUUACGAUUGCAGGAAUUUCGGUUGUGAAACAAAAUGUGCAGGCAAGGAGCACACAUGUCAAUGUACAUGUUGUAGAGCGAAAUGUCAAGUACCUGGCGCCUGCAGUCCCCCCGCUCCGCGGCCUCCCGUACCUUCCCCCGGUGCUGAGCGUCAGACAAGUGAACGGAGGUUGACCGAUUCCUCCACUGAAGAAAGUUCCGCUCGCAGUUCCGAUGCAGAAACCUCCACACCUCCCCCCCCUGACCCCCAAGCCAUCGCCGCCGUCAUCGUUGCCAUCAUCGUCGCCAUCGUCCUGCUCGACCUGUGCAUCUUCCGCUUCCCGGUGGGCCGCAACAUCCGCGAUUUCCUCGUCCGGAAGAUACCGUUCUGCAUCGCGUUCUACAGCUAA